AUGCAGGAGACACGCUGUGGACACGCAGGAGACAUGCAGGAGACACGCUGUGGACACGCAGGAGACACGCAGGAGACAUGCAGGAGACACGCUGUGGACACGCAGGAGACACGCAGGAGACAUGCAGGAGACACGCAGGAGACACGCUGUGGACACGCAGGAGACAUGCAGGAGACACACAGGAGACAUGCAGGAGACACGCUGUGGACACGCAGGAGACAUGCAGAAGACACACAGGAGACACGCUGUGGACACACUAAUGAAAAAGCUAAAGGAGAUAGCUAA